AUGGGUGCACUAAACCUCGCAGAAUGGCAGAAGCUGCCAACAAGCCUCUCAGAACUCUGCAUCAACACAACUCUCCGCUGUGGCCAAUCCUUCCGAUGGCGCAAGAACGAUGCAGGCGUCUGGUCAAUGGCCCUCCAUAACCGAAUCCUGUCCCUCUACCAGGACCCGGAGCAUCUAUACUACCGCGCAAUCCGGCCCUCCCAAUCCCCUCUUCAGGCACCUCCCACGCCACCAUCCUCCAAACCACCAUCAAUCCCCGAGAACGACAAGGACGAUGAUACUCUCGACCUCUUGAAGCAUUACUUCAAUCUCAAUCUCAACUCCACAAGAUUGUAUGAGCAAUGGAGUGCAUCCGACUCCAACUUCGGCAAGAAAGCACCGACAUUCACAGGCAUUCGAAUCAUGAACCAAGACGCCUGGGAAGCGCUCAUCGGCUUCAUCUGCAGCAGCAACAACAACAUCUCCCGCAUCUCCCAAAUGGUCCACAAGCUCUGCAUCCACUACGGUCCUCUCCUAGGCCACCUAGACGACCACGACCACCCAUACCACGACUUCCCCACCCCUGCAGCCCUCGCCCAGGACGGCGUAGAAGCCAAGCUCCGAGCGCUAGGCUUCGGCUACCGGGCGAAAUACAUCCACCAAACAGCACAAAUGGUCCACGCCAAAGGCGACGCAUGGCUAGACUCGCUCCGGAAUCCAGAGUGUCCUAUCUUCGGCAUUGAGGCAGCGCCAGCUGGUGACUGGAACGUCUCAGGGCGAGAAGGCUACCGUGCCGCCCACUCAGCCCUCCUAGACCUCCAAGGCGUCGGCCCCAAAGUCGCAGACUGCGUCUGUCUCAUGGGUCUAGGCUGGGGCGAAGCCGUGCCAGUCGACACCCACGUCUGGCAGAUUGCGCAGCGGGACUAUAAAUUCGGGAAGGGGAAGCAUGCGAGUUUGACGAAGGCGACGUAUGAUGCCAUUGGGGAUAAAUUUCGGGGUCUGUGGGGACAGGAGGCGGGGUGGGCGCAGAGUGUGUUGUUUACGGCGAAUUUGAGGGCUUUUAGUGAGCAGCUCAAUGCGAAGGAGGAGAAGGUGGAGGUAAAGGAGGAGGUUACGGUGAAGUUAGAGGAGGGGGAGACGGUGGUUGAGGAUGUGGAGAGGAGGGAGAAGGUUUUGCAGAAGGUGGUUAAGAGGGAGCGUGAGGAGGAGGAAAGGCAGGUGCUUGAGGUCGAGGAGAAGGUCGUGAGGUCGAAGCGGAGGAGGAGGAACUGA